AUGGGUGUUUGUUUCAUUGGUGAAAAAAAGAAAUUUUCAGAUUUCUUGGAACAAUUCAUUCACAGAAAAAAUGGUGAACAUAAAGGAUUAUUUGCAUAUACAAUUGGGCAAUGUGUAAAAAUCAAUUAUUUACAAGAAAGAUGGUUUGUAUUAAAAAUAAAUGUUGAAGAUAAUACUUUAAUUGUGGUACCUGGAUCAACAAAUUCAUUAUUAUAUUCCAAAAAACUUGUUGCAAAAGAUUGGAUCUGGAUUUGGAAUGACUUACCAAAAGAAAUUUUGCAAAUAAAAUGUAAAAUUAUUGAAUUUGAUCAUAAUAACAACAAACAUAUUAUUGAAUUCAAAGAAUCAGUAAGAGCAAUUGCUCCUGGUCAA